AUGGGGCCCCUCCGGGCGCCUGGCGUGCUCCUGCUGGUCCUGGGCUUGCUGGCCUCCUCGGGGCUCCUGUUAGCCUUCUUCUACACCGCCACCGAGCCGCCCCCCGGCCGGCCGCGCCCGCACAGCGCCCCUGGCCCUCUCCUCCUGGGCAGAGCCCGGGUUGUGGCAUCACAACCCACUGACCAGGGCCCAGCCUUCUCCCCCGUGGGGCCCGAAGCGGACGAAACUUUUUCUGAAUCCAGGGAGCCUGAGCCUCGGACGGAAAAGCUCCAAUCCUGUGCUCACCCCCUGUCCACUGCUGCCCGGCGACACAGACACUUUGGGAAGCUCUUCAACUUCAGCAUCCCGGUGUUUCUGUGGGGUGGGCUCUCCUCACCUGAGCUCUGGGACCACCUGAGCCAGCGGAGCGGCCCCUACGGCUGGCAGGGCUUGACCCGACAAGCUGUGGCCUCCACCCUGCACCUCCUGAACGAGUCGGCGAGCGGGCGGCUGUGGGGCCCCAGCGAGGGCCCGGGAAGCGGCUGCAUUCGCUGCGCCGUCGUGGGGAACGGAGGCAUCCUCAACGGCUCCCGGCAGGGCCGCCACAUCGACACCCACCACUUCGUCUUCAGGCUCAACGGGGCUGUGACCAAAGGCUUCGAGGAGGAUGUGGGCACCAAGACCUCAUUCUACGGCUUCACCGUGAACACCAUGAAGAACUCGCUGAUCGCCUACGCAGAUCUGGGCUUCACAGCCGUGCCCCAGGGCAAGGACCUGCGCUACAUCUUCAUCCCUUCGGACCCCCGGGACUACGUGAUGCUGCGCUCGGCCAUCCUUGGCGUGCCGGUGCCCGAGGGCGUCGACAAGGGCGAUGAACCGCGUACCUACUUCGGCCCAGAAGCCUCUGCCCGGAAAUUCAGGCUGCUGCACCCUGAGUUCAUCUACUACCUAACCGAGAGGUUCUUGAAAUCGGAAAUCCUCCACAGCCAGUUUGGACAGCUCUACAUGCCCAGCACUGGAGCCCUCAUGCUCCUGACUGCCCUGCACACCUGUGACCAGGUCAGUGCCUAUGGGUUCAUCACUGCCAACUACCGCCAGUUCUCUGACCAUUACUAUGAGCGUGUGAAGAAGCCCCUCGUGUUCUAUGCCAACCACGACCUGCCCCUGGAAGCCAAACUGUGGAAGGGGCUGCACCAGGCCGGGAUCAUGCGGCUGUAUCAGCGCUGACCCUCACCGCCCCCCCGACCCCAACCUCCCCACCGAGGAACGAGACAAAGAUGAGAAGUCCAAACCAGAGCCCAGGCCAGUCCCGACACUCCUGGCACCCUGGACGGGGGCCAGGAUCCCGGCCGUCUGAGGGGUGAUCAAGGGACCUUCUUCCAGCGGGCAGCGGAGCAUCCUGCCUGCCGCGAAGGAGGGGUGGAUAGGACAAGUCUCCCGUCGAGGUGGGAGCCGGGACUGGCACCAGACUACCUUGAAGAGGGUGGCCAGUGGGCAUCCCAGCUAUGGCACCACUACAGGGCUAAAGGGGACCCCACAGUCCACAGACCUUGGCCAACUGAAGGAGGCUCCAUCCAGUAAAGCAAUAGCAGGGCCGGGAGACAACACGGAUGGAGAGAAGCCAACUGCAGGUCACUUGCCCCUCCGGGAGGGCAUAAGCAGCCAUGGCCUAGCCCAGGCGCGGGGCACACAAAGGGCGGUAUGUUGCAACCCGAGACUUUUUCCCACUCUGGAUAAUUGCAUAAAUGUUAAAUGAUCCUUUUCUUUGUCUUUUCUUGCAGUGGGGGGAAGACGGCAGGGUAGAAAGUGGAGGAAGGAAGGCUAAGGUGGGUGGAGUGUGAACGUGGGCCCUGUCCAAGCUCAGAUGCAAUUUCUUCAAAGGGGGUCGAUUGCAGAUGGGACUAAUUGCCUGGCAAAGGGCCAUUUGUGACACGGAGGGAGUGAGCAAGUCACAUGUAUCUGGAAGCUGACAGGCCCAAACACUCACUCUCUGCCUUUGGACUUGGGUGGCUGUGGGGAACCUAAAAAACCAAGACCACCCAACUCCCCUCGCCACCUUUUCCAUUGGCCUGAAUUGGGGAUGGAGCGUGGCCUAGGUUCUAAUCCCCACUCUGCUU